CGCAUGCCAGUCUCCCGUUCUUUAGGAGAAGAGACAGGGAGGCUGAUGCGUUCGCCUUGCUGCCCCUUACGCAUUGGCUGAACGGAGACCUCUGGUGUUUUUUUAGCUUAUAUUUUUAGCAGCGGAGGUCGGACUCGUAUUGCAUCGCGCUUGGUAAAAAGUGCAGUUCAUCUGCAGUGCUGCUGAGCGCUGGAGAACCGCAGUGUGCUGCGCUGUGAACGUUCGAGCUCAGCAUAUUGAACGAGUCCGCUAUUACGGCGAAUGAUCUGAAGUAAACACGCAGGUCUGUCUGUUUGCGGAGCGCUGGAUAUCUCAUCUAGACUUUUUUGCUAAGACCCUGUUUUAGGAAAUGGCCAGUCCUGGAGACGAUUCGGCUUCAAAUGCCCCACUGGAUCAAGCAGAAUCUGCUGACGCGACCCCAGAACCAGCGUUUCAGGAGGCUCAGAAAUGGAUCGAGGCAGUGACAGGAAGAAGUUUCGGUGAUAAGGAUUUUAGAAGCGGGCUGGAGAACGGCAUUCUGCUCUGCGAGUUGCUGAGUUCAAUCAAACCAGGCCUUGUGAAAAAGAUCAAUAGACUUCCGACACCCAUUGCCGGGCUGGAUAAUCUGACCAUGUUUCUGAGAGGAUGUGAAGAACUGGGAUUGAAGGGAUCACAGCUGUUCGAUCCUGGAGACCUGCAGGAUACAUCGAUACGAGCAAACUUAACGGGCUCUGACUGCAGUAGAAAGCUGAAGAAUGUGCUCAUAACCAUAUACUGGCUUGGUAAAGCUGCUAACAGCUGUACAACAUAUAACGGCCCCACACUCGAUCUCAAAGAGUUUGAGGGGCUUCUUUCCAUGAUGCGAAAGGAGUGUGCAAAUGAAGAGUUAGACUCCCCUAAGCGCAGUAUAAGGGACAGCGGUUACAUCGACAGCUGGGAAUCUGAGCGCUCUGAUUCGCUGUCUCCUCCAAGACACGGUCGUGAUGAUUCGUUUGACAGUCUCGACUCGUUUGGCUCGCGAUCACAGAACACACCCUCCCCAGACACAGUUAUUCGCUGCAACAGUGAUGACUCAGAAAGUGACGCUGGUCAUAGGAAGUUGCCGGACGUACGUAAGGAUGACAUGUCUGCCCGCCGCGUGUCCUACAAAGAGCCUCGCGCAGCUCUUCCCUUCAAUCAGUAUCUGCCGAACAAGAGCAACCAGACCAACUACCUUCCUGCUCCCUUGAGAAAGAGGAGGAGCGAGAGAGAGGAAGACAGGAGGAGUGUGAGCAACUCAACAUCUCCUGUAGGAGGAGAAAGACCUCUCAGACAAGAGUGCAUAGAAGUAUUAAAAGAGGAGGCUGUUGUGUCUCGAAGCAUUGCGUUCCACAAAAACUCCACCUGGGCGGAUGAGAAAGGGGCGGAGCUUGAGGAGGCAGAGCUUAAGAAAAUGAGAAAGCUGGAAAAGGCGGGAAUAAAAGUAUUACCUGCCUCUGUGCGAUACAACAGUCCAAUUGUGAACCCUGUGGAGGCCAGUAAAGCUAAAUCACCGUCGCCUGACAUCAUUCUCCGUCGUGAUAAUGAGUUCAUGCGGGCCGCUGCUCCACAUCAGUGGGACUCGAAUGAGGAAGACGAUGACGAAGAGGCAGAGCGGAAGGUUCCGGAUGUCCAAAAGGAUGAUCUUGCUUCUCGCAGAGCGCGCAUGAAUCAGUUCAAACCCAGUGUGGCACAUCACUUCCUGCCAAGCUCUUGUAGCUGGAAGGACCGAGAAAAAUGGGAGGGAAUCAGGCUGGCAUCCCAGCAUGCUAUGUUGGAGAGGAUGGAGAAGAUGGAACAGGAGAAAAGAAGUCAGGCUGACUCCACCUCCCCUGAGGUGCCAAUCAUAACUCGUAAGGACAAUCCUUUCCUGAAUCCUGAAAAAGACAGGAAAGAGGGGAAUGAGGAAGAUGAGAGAGAGGUAGAGGGGAAGAUAGUUGUCCCAAACCCACACAAAGAUGAUCUAGCCAGGAGGCGGACUGGGAGAGGGCCACGCCCUCCCAAAGAUCCCCAUCAGUCAUUGGCCCAGACAUCCAUCACUCAGUCAGACCUGGAGACAUGGCAGAGGCUCAAGAUGAAUACAGAUAGCAGUGAGUCUGACUCUCCUCCUGCUGAAGUGUCAAUCAUAACUCGCAAGGACAACCUCUUCCUGACCCCUGAGAAAGACAGUAAGGCUGAGCAGCAGAAUGAGGAGGGAGCAGACAGAGAGAAAGAGGCGAGGGUUGUGGUGCCUAAUGUAAAGACAGAUGACCUGGCCAGAAGGCGGGCCCAAAGUGGGCCUGUCCCUCAGAGGGACCCCCGACAGUCAUUGGCUCAAACAACCAUCACUCAGUCAGACCUGGAGAAAUGGCAAAGGCUCAAGAUGAAUACAGAGAGCAGCGAUGACCCUAUUGUCCCUCUGUGUCAGACGUGUCUUGAGAAAGGCUGCCUCUCUGUUUCCACCAAGACGAAGGUUGCCAAGAACGACCUGGCCAGUUGCCGAGAGCGUUCCUCCGGUGAACGGCGGCGUUUUGUGACAUUUGGGGGUGUGACAGAGAUGGAGAGUAAUUCCUGGAAAGAGGAGGAGGAGGAGGAUGAGGAAGGGGGAGAGGGACAGGGGGACGAGGCAGAGAAGCUUCGAUAUCUCCUCUCGAUGGCGCCUGUCGCUGUGCCCACCAUAGGGCUGGGCUCCAUACUGACAAAGAGAGCGGUGGGCAGUGGAGAUGCAAACCCUGAGCCUCCUCCCAUAAUGCCCCCUGAACCUCCGAACCCUGUUAUGUUUGACCUUAAACGGCCUUUGACCUCCACCGAGUGCAGAGUGCUGGAUGAGGAACUGGCUGAGAAAGCGAAGGAUGAGAGAGAAGAUGAUGAAGAGGAUGAAGAAGAUGAGAGGCAACCAGACAUACAAAAGGAUGACAUGCUAGCUCGCAGAACAGGAUCAUUUCAGAAGCCAGCAAGCGGGACCUCCUAUAACAGAUUCCUCCCGCAGCCGGGAUCCAAGAAAGAGAACACAACAGCGGCUUCCUUAGCCCAGAAAGGAAUAAUGGGCACGAGUGGAGACAGAGAUCUCCAAUAUCUGGAAAGAAACAUAAAGACAAAGAGAACCAUGAUUGGACAGAGAAAUGAACCAGUCGAAGUACCAAAGACACCUGUUCCAGUUGCUGUAAUCACAGAAAAGAGCCCUGACGUUGUACGUUCAUCUAUAACUAACGCCAAUCGCUUUGGCAGUUACAAUGAUGAUGAUGAAUGUGGGGAUGACGAUCAACUGCCAGAUUUUGAGAAGGAUGACAUGCUUGCACGAAGGACUGGAUUUAACCAAAAGCCAAGUGCAGGACAGGUUUUUAAUGCUUUUCUGCCCAAACCUGGUGCUGUCAAACAUAAAAUCACUCCUGUCGGUGGAUUGCAGUCUAGCCUCAAACCAAGAGAACAAGAGACAGCCUCGUCUCUGGACAGCUUCACCCUUAGCUCUGUGGCCCCGCCCCCAAGAGAUGCUGAGGACACGCCUAGGAAGUGCCCUCAGAUGAUGGACAGGCAGGAGGCGGGCUCUGUGGGUGUGGUGGGACUUGAAAGUCUUAGUAAAGAUGAGACUAUUACCAAAAGCCCCUCCCCCAGACCUCACCAACCCUCACGUCGCCCCCUUUGGCAGGAAGAUGAUGAUCUCCCCCCAAUAUUCAGAGCUACUAGUGUUUCUGAAACUGAGAGCGUGAGUUUGAUUGACAUGCGUGAUGAAGAGGAUGAGCUGUCCUACCUUCGUCCGCACAGCCAAUCACGACACGAGCACCUACACAACCAGUACAACAAACUCAAAGAGGAGGAGGACCAGUGGCAGGACGACUUGGCACGCUGGAAGAAUCGGAGGCGAAGCGCAUCUCAAGAUCUGAUCAAAAAGGAAGAAGAGAGGAAGAUGAUGGAGAAGCUAAUGACAGCGGAUGGAGGAGCCGGUCAUCGCCGGAAGAGCAUCAAGACAUACAAAGAAAUCGUAGAGGAGAAGGAACGUAGGGAACAGGAGCUACAUGAACAAUACUGUAAAGCCUCCACUCCAGAAGAGAAAGCAGCCGUGCUUCAACGCUACGCUCUCCGUUUCACCAUCAGCGAUGCCAUACUGGAGAAACUCCAGCUCCCCAAACUGCCAUCUGCUGCCUCACCAAUGCACACAUCACCGCUCCAUCAGCCUGAGAAGAAGCUGACAUGCACUACCUUAGUAGAAGCAGAGGUUCAAGAGCCUGAACAAACGACCCAAACACACCACAGUGUCCAUGUGGACCAGAAGAUUGCACAAAAACAGGCACCGGCACAACCCAAAACCCCUGAACCAUCACCUGCGGAGGCCACCAAAGCUCCAGAAAUCCUGUCAGCACCCAUACGAGUUCCUCCGGCUCCAUCAAAGCCUGUACCCCUGAUCGCCCCAAAACCCUACAGCCAGCCCAAAUUCAGCCAAGGACUCCGCAAAUCAGUGAAGAGUGAUGGGCUGAUACGUGUGAACGGUGAUAACACUCAGCAGGAGAACAGAGAGAGAGAUGAUAGAGAUUCAGUGUCAUGUCCUGAAGUCAACUUCUCUUCUUCACCUCCAAAGCCAGACACUCAAAGUCAACAAAAUGAGGAGCUAAUUGUUUUAAAAGCCUCAGAACACCAGCAAAACUCACAGACGUCUGUAUCUGACCGGGAGAAUGAAGGCGUAAAGGAGGAAAAAGAGUGUACUCUUAGUCCUCAGGAAGAGAGUAUCAAAGAAGACACCUCAACUACACUGACAGUGUCAGAACCAGAAGGAAAACAGCCAGUGCCUGACACGAUGAUGAAGCGCAGCUGUGUUGUUACAACAACCAUAGUGACAGAACUCACCCAGACUCACCCCGUCCCACCAAAUGACACGUCCAGCACAGAGCAGCUUGAUUCAGUCCAUAAUUCAUGUGAUGUGAGCUCAACUGCCGAGUCAAGCAAGGCUGAACAGACUUCAUGCUCGCUCUCAAUGACAGAGGGGAUUGACUACUCCAUUGAUUGUAUUGAAACCCCAAUGUUGAACCUUGCAAAAAGGGUUGACCACUGGACGUGGGAUCCUAAUGAAGAGCGUAAGCGACAGGAGAGGUGGCAACAGGAGCAGGAACGCCUGCUACAGGAGAAAUAUCAGCGAGAGCAGGAGAAGCUGAAGGAGGAGUGGGAGAGAGCACAGAGAGAAGUGGAAGAGGAGGAAAGGAGACACCAUGAAGAGGAAAGGAGGAUACUGGAGGAAACCGUGACCCCACUGACCCCUCGCAACUCAAGUUUAUCAUCCAGUGUGGUGACAGAGGCUCCGUCCCUCACCCAGCCCUCAGCCCCACAUGACACCAUUGUCCUCUCCUUGGCUGACUGGGAAAGGAAACAGGAAGUGCUGGAGAAACAGGCACAGACGAACCAGAGUAACGGACUCACGCACAGCCCUGAUCAAGUAAUCACACCAGCUCAGCAGAACGGUCAGAGAACUGAACCUCAGGAGAGCCAAACAGCUACACCACAACUGCAGUUUAUACAGGAUAGCUCUUGGAGCUGCAAGUCUAAAGACAGACAAGAGGAUUUGAAGAAAACUGCCUCACUGGAUCGUAAACAGAGUCCACCUCAGAGCCAGACCACAAGGAUGAGGAGGACUGGGUCGUGUGAAAAUGUUUUAGGGACACACCCAUCAAAAUCACCCACACCAUCACAAGACACGCCACCUCCAUCACCCAGCAGGUCAGUAAGUGGAAAGAAGCUUUGCUCCAGUUGUGCACAUCCGUUGGGUAAAGGAGCAGCUAUGAUCAUUGAAAGCUUGGGGUUGUACUUCCAUAUUCAGUGUUUUAAGUGUGGCAUAUGUAAAGGGUUACUCGGUGACACAAGUGCUGGAACUGACGUCAGAAUUCGAAAUGGACUUCUUAAUUGUCAAGAAUGCUACAUAAAAUCAAGGGCUGCUGGCCAGCCAACAACGUUGUGAUGCCUCCGUACUUCUGACAAGGAAAUGGAACUGAAAUCAGGUUAAACCAGCCCAGGACCAUACCCAAGAAGAAUGGAUUUUGCGUUUAUACAACGUUUCCAACAGUUUUCCUUACAGCACAAUCAAGCAUAGACAUUAAUGUCAAAACUGGAAUCAUGUAAACAUGAUGGGUUUUCCUCUGGACAUUAUUUGAUUGUCUUUGUUCUUGCUGAAAAAUGACCUUAUCGCUUACAUGAUAAAGAGUCCAUAAAAUAUUACAGAGAUUACAGCGAGUCUGAUCAUACUGUUAGUUUUAAACUUUUGAAGGAGAAGAACUGGUAGCACUGUACCUCACAGUGGCCAUGUUACUCACAUUUUAAUAGCAAUAAGGCCCGAAACAUACUUUCCGCAAAUGCAGAUCUGCUUUCUUGCUUUAGUGCAUCAGUAUCAAACUGAUUAUGUACCAAGGUAUCAGAAAAAGGGUCAGAAAUUAACUUUUCCAGUAAGGCUUUUUUUUUUUUUUUUUAAAUAAUAACCCUAUUAUUAUAAAAACUAAACUAUGUUGUCUUUAAUGUCAAAUACUUAAAUUUACCCAAUUAAGUUACUUUAAUCAAUAUUUUAAACUGUUGUCAAUAACAAUAGGCUACAUUUUACCUAAAUUAUAAAUGUAAAACAGGAGUUUAUAGGGCUGCAGUAUUACAAAAAUCAUUAUUGUAGAUUAUUGCUCUGUAUAUUGUAAUUAUGAUUAUUAAUUAAUCAAGAAUAACAUUCUUGUUUCAUUGACAAAAAUGUAAGUCCAUGACUUUAGCCAAGUCUAGCACAUCUUAUACAAAAACUCCCGGUUAUACUCACUGAAGCUAUGAAAUUAAUAUUUUAUUUACAUCGUGUCUGCACUGUUGUUUAUGAUGAGGAAAUUCGCGAGCGUGAGCAAUCAACAACAGCUCCGGAAUUUUUAGCGCUGGCUAAUCUAAGUGCCUCUGAUUGGCUAGUGCAAUUCUAAGCUCAACAGAAACGCGUUUGAUUGGUUAUAAGGCUCAACGCUGCCUGAACAGCGCGUAAAAUCUGAUGUAGUCAGUGUGAGGGAAUCUAUAAUUGCACUAAUAGACACUUUUUGUUCAUUUUCACAUACGUUGUUUAAUUGUGCAGAAGCGUUUUUUACCCCUUUGUCUUGAAUUUAUGGCCAUUUUUGUUUAUUUUGGUGCCAUUUUUGCCACAAACCCUCGUUAAUUUCCGACCUUGGGUAGUACCUUUUCAAAAUGUACUAAUAAAUACCAUUUAGGUACUAAUAAGUAAGAAAGAAGAAAUGAGAAUAUAUUUAUAUAUAUUUAUAUAAUAUAUAUAUAUUAAAAGUUAUAAGUUUACAAAAAAAUAUUUUAUUUAUUGCCACCAUUCACUCUUAUUCUUAAGCCUAUGUAGAAAAUGGUCAAAUAAUUCAAUAAUAAAAAAAACGGAUAUUAUGGUUGGUUGUUUAACAUUUCUAUGUUAAACUAUGCUAAAGUUAAAUAUUAAAUGUUUAGUUUAUUACCUUGAACUUUUUCACUGUUCGUUGUCUGUGAACAGUAAACUAAGCAGAAAUAUAACUUAUUGAACAUCAAGAAUAUCAAAUAUUGGCGGUUAAAGCACUGAAGCAACAUAUAAGUGUCCAGUGUUUUUCCAGUGACAUUUUUGAAGUAAAUGUAUGUCAUAGUUUACUCUACAUACUCACUACUGAGGGUGCGUAGCUAGAAACAUCUACAUUCUCGUAUUUGUUUAGAGUAUGUUUUGGGCCUAACACUAACAACAUGGAAUUAUAAACUUCCAGAAAUUAACAACAUAUUGACUACAUGUUGUACAUUACUCAAGUACUUACGUAAACACAUUGUAACAUGGCCGCUGUGAUGUAGAAUGAGGCUGAAUCCAUUUUUUAUUGUGAGGAACAUGUGGUAGCACAAAUGUCCAGAAAAUUUUGCAUCUAUUAUUUUAUUAAUGAUAAAUAAUCUCAGUUUUUGUAAAGGUCUUGCAGGUAUCUGACAUUAUUCUUAAAUGUUCCACUAACAGACGAACGCAUGAUGUGCGACUCUUAGGCCUAGCUGAUUUGUCCUGAUGCCUUAACUGACAACAUGAAUCACAGAUAAGAUUGUCCAUCAUUUUUAUUUAUGGUUUGAAAACACGUCUUCAUGAACUGGAGUGGUUUUGAUUUAAAUGUUCUGUUCCUUCCUUCGUUUCACAUUGCCUGUUUUAUCUUGUUUGAUCAGUGAGGGGUUUGAUACUUUAUUUGUGCAGCAUUGUUUAACACCAUGUAGAAAGCAUGUUUCUAAUGGGUAGGUCUCACAUUUCCAUCCAAUAAUAUUUACGUUUUGCUUGCAGUUGAAUAGUAAGAUUGCAUGAUCCCCGAAACUUCCCUUGAUGCCGCUUUACAUUACAAUGUCCGUACAUUACAAGCUACUAAAAUGAAUGAGUAAAGUAAGCUCCACAUAAUCAGAAGUAUAUUAUGUAAUAAACACUGUAAUGUAAAGUGUAACCCUUUUCUUUUAGCUUUUGAAAAUAUUCCGUUAAAGUCGGUUUUAUGUGUUCUGUUGCCUUUCUCUCUUCUGCAAUGUUGUGCCUUAGAAAUGCGCUCCUAGAUAAUGUCUAGUGUCGGCCACCCUUGCAUCCAAAGCUUCAAGUUACCAAUGUGUAUUGGUGAGAGUAUUAUGCAUAUGCACUGAGCACUCUGCUUUUACCCUUGUACUUUAUUCAAACACCAUGAAUGUGCGGACAAGAGAUUUAAAAAAUGAAACUCAAGCCCUCUGUGUGCUUUUCACUCAUUUCAUGUGCAUUUAGAGAUGUAAAAUUGUGAAAUAUCUAUAUUUAUCUAAAUCAACUGAAAAGGAUUUCAAUCUUAAUGUCACUAAAAUAUCAAAUUCAACAACACGGACAGAUUGUAUACAGCAGCACUAGCAUAUAAUUCCUGCUUUUUUAACUUCUGCUUAUGCUUUCUGUUAAUAUUUGAGAUUAAAAGACAUUGUCAUUUAGAUCCGGGGGGUUUUGAUUGUUGCUUGUAUAUCGUUUGUUUUAUUUUGUGAUAUUGUAAGAAUAUGAACUGAGACUGAAGUAAGGCAAUAAUUACUGGAAAGAGUAGCCAAGGAUGAGUGAGAUGUGUGUGACAAAUAACUUCAUAUUCUGUAUUUAUUAUACCCUUUUAAAAAUGAGCGAUAUAAGACAACCUACAAGACGCUGAAAUGCAAUGGCUUUUAUAGCAAGUGUAUGUUUUUAAAUAAACUGUAAUAAACUAUUUUAAAUGCA